GUGUGAUGAAAUGCUGCAUAGCCAGAAUCAGCUCCCAGCCCCUCUAUCAGGUUAAUCCAUGUUUGUGCCUUCAAUCUUUUCUACAGGAAACCAAGGAUCAACUCCCAGCUUGUUGCUCAGCAGGUGGCUCAGCAGUAUCCAAUGCCCCCCCCACCAAAGAAGGAGCGAAGGGAGAGGAGCGAACGAUUAGACAAGGAGCGCCUAGACUGCGAAGGGGAGCCAACCAACGAAGAAGGGCGUCCAGAGAUCGAGCGUCCAGAGGUAGACAGGCCAGAGGUAGACACUCCUGUAAAGGAAAAGAGUGACAAGGAACAGCCAAUCAAAGACAAGCCUGAUACAGAGAAAGAUAUCAGCCCAGCUGUUACAAAGAAGCCUUACAGCAAAAAGACAAGAGAGCCAUCCCUGACACACCAAGGAGAUCGUCAACCGUCGGUCCAACGGCCCAAAUCAGACCAUCAAAGCCCUACCAGUGACAAACACAGCAUACUAUUGGGAAAAUCUGCAACCAAAACCAACAAGAACUCUUACAUUUCCAGGCCCAAAUUGAAGAACAUUGACAGGAGCACCGCUCAGCAGUUGGCUAUUACUGUAGGGAAUGUGACAGUGAUCAUAACAGACUUUAAGGAGAAGAGCCGUUCUUCCUCCACGUCCUCAUCCACCAUUACAUCCAGUGUGGGCUCUGAACAACAGCACCAGAGCUCUGGCUCAGAAAGUAUAGACAAGGGCUCUUCACGUGCCUCAACACCUAAAGGCGAUCUCUCUUUGGGCAUGAUGAGUCAUUCUGAAGCUCCCAGCCCUCCUCCCUCACCCUGCAUCACGUUUUUUCUUUUUCCACACUUCUGGACAUAUGUAGGGGGAGAGAUACCGCUCCCAUUGCUGCCCUGCCUUCAAUCCAUGACCAACCCUGGAUGCUGA